UUCUGGACUGAGAACUCCUUGGCGGGUUUGUCCAGUCCAGUCACGUGAGUUUUGAUAGGCGAGCACGUGACCUUCGUCUCUGGGGUUGUGACUGACAACUUGGCUGGGUGCUUCAAUCGUCGCUCAGCGUCAAACGCAAACCUCUUACAAUUUAAGUAAGUUUGGUAGAAUAUGCUGCACUGAAAGAUAGACUUGAAUAGGACCUAGAAGUUACGCUUGAACAGCUGUGAGCAGUCUGCUUCCAGCUCCGAGCUUGAGGAUGUUGCUAAGAAUCCUCCGAAUAAAUUAUCUGGGUUAUCAUUAUAUCUACUGGCGGAGAACAUGGAAGUAACCGGACCACGACGGACUAAGCGGAUUUCAAAGAGACUCGACAAGUCAUGUUGUUAUUAUUAUUGGCACCCCUCUCUACGCUAUCCUCAAUACUUUGAACCCCCAGAGUGCCCAUACAUGGAGUUGCAGUGAUCCGCGGCGCUGGUGGAGAACCCACUCCAGUCUCCAAACUUGAACCGAGGUCCGUUGAACAUCAGCAACUCUGGCUCCUCUGGCGCUGGUGACUGAUCAAGCAUUUAUCCGCGGUAACUUCAAAGCGGCCAUCUCACGUUCAACCUAAAGAUCUAGUUCGAGACUCAUCACUUUCUCUAAACUUCUCUCAAUCAAUCCGUUGGCAUCAACAGUAUCAUCGCCAUCAUCAUGACUUCCGAAGCUGACCUCCGCGUUUCGAGCCUCUUUGGGUUCAAAGACUAUGUCGUCCUUGUUACAGGUGGUGCCAGCGGCCUGGGCGAGAUGGCCUCCCAGGGCUUUGUCCAGAACGGAGCUAGAGUCAUCAUUGCCAGCCGCAAAGAAUCAGAGCUCAAGAAGGUCACGGAAAGACUCAACAAACUUGGCCCUGGCACCUGCGAGUACAUCGUGGCUGACUUGAAAGACAAAGCCGGCUGCGAGUAUCUCGUCAAAGAAGUGGCCAAGCGAACCGAUCGACUGACUGUUCUGCUCAACAAUACUGGUGUUACAUGGGGCGCGCCCUAUGAUGAUUUCCCUGAGAGUGGUUGGGAUAAGGUCAUGGCAUUGAACGUCAAGUCCAUCUUCUACACCACUCAAGGCCUGCAACCACUCCUUCUCAAGGGCACCAGCGCGGACAAGCCCUCAAGGGUCAUAAAUAUUGCAUCUGUUGCCGGUACAUCUAGUCGAGAUGUCACCUCGGGUGAGGAUGGUGGUCUGGCCGCACCUGGCCAUGGUACCUUCAGCUACGGGCCAUCAAAAGCUGCAUGCAUUCAUCUCAGCAAAAUCCAGGCAUCUAAGUUGGCACCAUUGAACAUCAUGGUCAACUGCAUCUGCCCCGGUGUUUUCCCAUCGCGAAUGUCCAACUAUGGCAUUGAGAAAUUCAUCGACACUCUCCUGGAAGGGCAACCCACUGGCCGGGUUGGCAAGCCAUCAGACUUUGCUGGCCUUGCACUAUUCCUCAGCUCUUAUGCGUCUGCACACAUUACUGGCCAGGUCAUCGAGAUCGACGGAGGUAGCAAUGUCAGUGGAUGGAGAUCCACAAAGAAACGUAGUAAGAUUUGAGGCACGGUGAAUAGUCAUCUAUCUGUCCAUCCAUCUCUACCUCGAAAAAUCUAGAAAUUGCAUUGUACAACUAUACAAAGGCUACAUCUUCUGGUUUCA